AUGGAUAAUGCUGUGUACACUUCUGGAAAGGGCGUGAUUCUGUCGUCGCAAGGAGAAAGUUCAAGCUUGCUUGUAGCCGCAUUCCUCUUUAAGCGCGAUUUCAACCAAAUCUCUCAUUCUCAAGACAUGCUUCCAAAAUUGUCGGAUGCAAGCUGGAUGCAACUUGAAUAUGUUCAUGAAUUUCGUCACCUUGACGUGCUCAGUGAUGAUGCACCGGUCGAACUCACAGCUCGCCGAUAG